AUGAGUAAGACAACUAAGAAGAAACAUGUGAUGUCAGAUAUGUUGUUUAGUGGAGAUCUUUUACUAGAAGAAGGGCAGAAGAUUGUCAGAGUAGUCUGUGGUAGAGGAAAUAAUCUCCAUGAAGUUGAAGAAUUGGAACCCUCUGGUGAUAAUUUUCUGGUUUCAAUGCCUGUCAGGUUUAGAAAAACUGUUUGGGUUAAAAGAGGGGACUAUCUUAUAGUUCAACCUAUAGAAGAAGGUGACAAGGUUAAAGCAGAGAUAACUGACAUUCUGACCAGGGAUAGGAUAAAGUAUCUUAAACAACGAAAGCUUUGGCCCGGUAAAGAAGACGAUCAUAGUGAUAGCAGUUGUAAUGAAGACAUUCCUGAAAAUACUAAUAGAAUAAGUGUAGCUUGUGAUGAUAGUGAUUCAUCUGAUUCAGAUGACUGA